AUCACCUGGAUGGAUUGGUCAGACGAGAAAGCGUGUCCGGCUUCUCCGCGCCCGGCCGGCCUCCAUAUAUACUACUCUCCCUCUUGUAGUCUUGCGCCUCUCCUUGGUUCCACACGCCUAGCUAGCUAAGCACGACAGGCUCCAGCGCAGCAAGCGACGCGACGCCAUCGACUGCGACUGGUCGAGGAUGUGCUGCGGCGACGGCGAGUGCCGGCCCCUGGGGUGGCUGCUGGGCCUGCCCUUCGCGCUCCUCGCCGUCAUCGUCUCCUUCGUCGGCGCCAUCAUCUGGAUCAUCGGGCUGCCCAUCUCGUGCAUCUGCCCGUGCUGCCUCUGCGUGACGCUGCUGCUGGAGGUGGCGGUGGAGCUCGUCAAGGCGCCGCUCCAUGUCAUGACCUGGUUCACCUCCAAGAUACCCUGCUGAUGAUAAGUCCACAGCUAGCACAGGACAGUAGAGAUCGAUCAUCCUGCUCUGCUUUGCUUUUGUGGAUUCAUCGGCACUCGUGUGGUGUGCGUCGUCCACGGAUUUCUCGCUCGCUGUAUAUUCGUAUCACCGGCCGGUUGAUUUGUUUGAUUCGUCUUGAUACUUUGGUGGAUUCUGCGAUUCAUUUCCAGAGAUUUGUUGACUCUACUUUUGUGAUCGACGAGUAAUGCUAGUACGUACUAUUGUUCUUGA